AUGAAUAAGUGGAUUUUUCUCCCCUUUCAGCACAGCUGACUGCUCAUCCAAUGACCGUCCGCCGUGGAGAUCGUGCUCCAGUCCCUAUCCGAGAGCACAUGGCCAUUGAUGUGUCCCCAGGACCAAUACGACCCAUCGCCCAAAUUUCAGCUUAUUUUCCACACCCUGGGCUGGAAGGGGUGCUGACAACACAAGAGAGGAUGAGGGGUGAAGGAACAACAGCUGUGCCCCCAGGAACUGGAGAAGGAGAAUCCACUGAUGGAUAUGAUUCUGAUGAGAACACAUCGCUUGGGACUCUUGAAUUUGACAUUCUCUAUGAUCCAGAAAGCUGCACCCUUGACUGCACCAUCCUACGAGCCAAGGGACUGAAGCCAAUGGAUUUUAAUGGCUUGGCUGACCCUUAUGUCAAAUUGCACCUCCUUCCAGGCGCUUGUAAGGCAAACAAACUGAAAACACGCACCCAGCACAACACUCUCAAUCCCGUGUGGAACGAGGCCCUCAUCUACAAUGGGAUAACCGCGGAGGACAUGGCCCGGAAAACGCUGCGAAUCUCUGUCUGUGAUGAGGAUAAAUUGACCCACAAUGAGUUCAUAGGAGAGACUCGGGUGCCCCUGAGACGCCUGCGUCCUGGCCAGAAAAGACAUUUCAACCUGUGCUUAGAACGGCAACAACCGCUGGCAUCCCCUUCCUCCAUGACUGCAGCCCUGCGUGGAAUCUCCUGCUAUCUGAGAGAGUUGGAACCCCCAGCUGGCUGGGCCCUGGAAGAAAGGGGUCGCAUCCUGCUCGCCCUCACAUACAUCUCCGAACGUCAUGGAUUACUGGUGUCUAUUCUCCGCUGCGCCCACUUAGCUGCCAUGGAUGUGUGCGGCUACUCGGACCCUUAUGUAAAAACCUACCUGAAGCCAGAUGAAGAGAAAAAAUCGAAGCAUAAAACAACCGUGAAAAAGAAAACACUAAACCCAGAGUACAAUGAGGACUUUUUCUAUGAGAUUGAACAAUCAGAUCUUGGUCACAAAUCCUUGGAAAUAACUGUUUGGGAUUACGACAUUGGGAAAUCAAAUGACUUCAUUGGUGGGGUGACCCUGGGAUUAGGGGCCAGCGGGGAGUGCCGGCAACACUGGCUCUCGUGUCUGCAGACCUCUGACUGUCGCCUGGAACAUUGGCACACCCUCACCAACGAGCUCCCAGAAUCCUCCACGUUUGGCCCCUGAGGCCCCCGUGACUCCCCGUAGAACUGCACCCUCCUACCUUGCCUGCCUGCCAAAAACCAACCGGAGGGGCCCAGCACCCAGAGGCCCCUCCUUUGCACGAGGACGUUUGCACGUUUCAAAACUACUUGUUGUGGGGGACCAUUUAUGCUACGCUCUAGGGAGGCAUUCAGACAGAAGGCGUUCCUCUUCCGGUAUAUUAAGGCAACACGGUGGGGGAUUGGGGGCAGACGCAGAAGGGCUGGACAGGCAAGAAGAGCCGGAGGCCUCUGACGGACGGGCAAUGAUUGGAAUUGCUACCUGUACCAAGCGAGCAUCAAAUCAGUGAAGUCAAAAGCAAUUCCUCGGUCCUCCCAGUCUUUCUCUUCCCCCUUCUCUUCUUUCUCACCUUGUAAACUAAGAAUUGUUAUGCAACGCUUCUACUUUUAUACAAGAUCUUUGCUGGCUGCAAAAUGUUUUUUUUUUUUUAACCUUUAAAAAGUAACCAGCAAGUCCAAAGGAUCAAGCCAGUGUUUCUCAACCUUGGCCGCUUUAAGACGUGUGGACAUCAACUCCCAGAAUUGAAGUCCGCACAUCUUA